AGAUCAAGCCCUUUUUGCCAGCGUCCACUUAUCGGUCCACUCGCCACCUCGACGCACGCCCCAGCCCGUUCAGCCGCGCACCUCGAACCGGCAUCCAGCCUGUACCACGAGCAUUAGAACCUAGAAGCAUACUGGAGAUUGCCGAGUUUCGAGUCGAGUGAUCGGCAACGCGCGAAGAACGAAGUUCAUCCACCAAACGUCAGGUCGGCCUGCGCACACAAACAAGUCACUGCCGGUCCUGCGGCUUUGUUUUUUUUUUUCCCGCACUUAAUCACCGGGACGAAUCACUCGGUUGCCGGCCACCAUAUAAUAUCAAGCAUGCUUCCCACCGACUCACCGACAUCCUCUCCUACCCCUACCCAUGCAUCUACACCCAUCUCUCCACCUACGCCACUUGCCCUUCCUCCUCUGCUGAAUAGCUUCACUGUUAAACGAUGGAGUGUACCGCGCAAACCUAAACGUGGUCGUUCGCAGGACGAUGCAGCCUCGUCAUUGGCAUUGCCCACAACAACAUCUGGCACGGAAUGGGGUCGAUUCUCAUCAACUGAUGAUCUGAUAGAUGAUCCUAUGGAUGAUACCCGACCAGUGAGAGAGAAAGAGAUUGAGAAGGACGCACCCCUUAUGCUGGGGGUGGGUGGCAAGGUUCCGACUGUCAUCCCUGCUCCUAGACCUAUGGUCCGCGCUCGAUCGAGUAAAGCCAAAUUUGGCCGCAGAGUCGAUUAUUCUUCCAUGUCCGGUUCGAACGGGCAUGUGAACCCCUCAUCCUUGUCUUCACCAGAGUUGUCGCUUGCGAGGACGAUAUCACCUGCCAUCUCCCAUUCGCACCCUCACUCCUAUUCCCCUUCUGCUUCUGCGUCAGCGUAUGUACCCGGCAGUUCCUCCGGUUCCUCGAUGUCACCGUCCAUACCAGCCGCAGUAUCAACUUCCAUCCCGCCCUCAACCACAGUAUCCGUAUCGCCCGAUACAUACAUGGCUGAACCAGCUCCCAAACGAGCUCGCCAACGUUCUUGCUCAACGUCCUCCCAGUCCUCCUUGACGGGCCUGCUUGUCGAUCAAGAUGUUGUGAUUGGGAAUGGUAAUAUAAGCGAGAAUGGGACGGAAGGGUGGGGAGCAGGGGGAGGGGUAGGGGGACUAGGUACACCUCGAUCAACAGCGAGGUCAGGACAGGUGUAUAAUUACAUCCCUUCUCCUUUGGCUACGACGCCUAUCACUUCUACAUCUACGUCUCCCCCUUCCCCCCUCCCUCUACCCACCCCUUCCCUUUCCCACCCCCACCCAUACUCUCACCAACUUGCCUUCCCGCCCGAUCAAAUAGAAAUCGACCUUAUCCCCACUGCCGCCCAACUCCAAGCGACAAAAUCUCGUGCCGCCCGUGCUCGGGCUCACGCGUUUUGGAGAGACGUGGAAGAUUUGGGCACAGAGUUGGGAAACGUACUGCGGUUGGGGUUGGGAAGGGGUUUGAAUAGGGGUGUCGGGGGUGUAGGGUUUGGCGGGGUAGGCGUUGGCGGGGCAGGAGGAUUAGGAGUAGGAGGACAGAGAAAGCCGAGUAGAUUACGGAGCAGUUUGAAUGCUAGACUGGAAGAGGACAGUGAUCAUGAGAAGGAGAAUGAGAAUGCAGAGGGGCAAGAGGAGGAGACGAUGCAUAUGGAUGAAGAUUAGGAUUGAUAGAAUUGAUGGUCGAACCCACUGUUUUCUUGGUUCGGUCCGUUCGGCGGCCAGUUUCGUCUAGCCACCUUGUGCAGCCAAAGAACAAAUUCGCACAAAGAGGCGAAAGAGAAACGGUCAUUUUUUCUUGCAUCCAUAACCCUUAAUGAGCCAUCAACCCAUAACCCACAACUACCAGACAAAGCACACUGCAACAAGCGACAAACACAUGAUCAACCCCCCCAACAUCCCAUACGAUACGGCUUUCUUACGGUCGCUUUCUCUCUCUACGUCUAGUCUGCAUCGUGACCACCAAACCCCCUGUCUCCAGUCUUCUCUAUCUUUUCUGUCUCUAUUACAUACGUCUUGAAUAGAAUCGUUUUUUUGUAACAAUAAUCUCAUCGCAUGUCCGAGGUCCUUUCCAUUGUGAUAAACUAUGUCUGUGACGUGUGUCCUAUUAUCACCUUUUUGUAUGGCCUUUUCUAGGUGCAAAUACGCAUAUCCGUCCUUUUUGUUUCUUUCUUUUUGUUUGAGUUUAAGCCUUGGCGAAUCAUAUGCAUCUGGC